AUGGUAUUAUCAUCAAUCGCAGCUGAUUACAAUGACCAAUUCGAGGUCAAGGAUGUCGACAAGGACGGAAAGAAGUUUGACAGAGGUACACAUCAAGUAUAUUUAGAAUCACCCGUUUUUGGUGAUGCUGACAAGAUCGCCCAUGCUGAUCUCUUUAUAAAUAACCUCCAAACCUAUAAAGUAUCAAGGAUAUUCGCUUCAUCACAAUCAAGAAACAUGGAAAUGACUUUGGACGUCCACUCUGAGCUGUAUCCCAUGCAAUUGGGUGAAAUCUACUCUAUGCGACUGACUUCUUCCAUCGAACGAGAACUGAUACAUGCGAGACGUGAUGCUGCUCAGGCCGCUCAACCAUGGAGGGAUGGCGCAAAGGGCACUAUUGCUGAUGAUUAUGACUAUGUCAUGCAUGGAAAGAUUUACAAGCAUGAUGAAACUAGGUCGGAUCAGGAAAGCAUUUCGUAA